UAAAUGACCAGUUCUCUCUUCGAGUCAUCUAUCAUUCGCUUUAUUCGUAAUCGUGAAAGAUCGCGAUUUUAGAAUUUCUACUAUUAAUAAGCACGCUCAUUAUCACUCACUUUUAAUAUAUCAGAUGACUAAACCACUACAGCAGACAGGCUGGAAGAAUUGAGAGUUGCCUAAUUAGAAGAAGAAUGAUGGUUGUUCAGUGUCACCGAUAUUUCGGAUACGGUCAUAUGGAAGAGGACUGCAAAAACGAAGGACAAAUCGGAUGUGUAUUUUAAGUGCAAUGAAGCCGAAUCAUAAAUUCGCAGAUUGUAAUGAAAAACCCAAGUCGCAGACAGCAGAGGAUUUGGAGUGUUCGAGUCAGUCCUUAAGGAGGAGGAAGCAACUGAUGAGGGAUGAAGAUAUUGCGGUUGUAGUCACCGGAUCCAGAGGAGGCGGACAGGCUGGAGAAAUUGGGACGCAUAAAAAUUGUCUUUACUAUUGCCGAAUUAAGAAAAAAUUAAAAUAUUUAAAGUAUCGGAGAAUAAAUAUUCGAGAAAGUUGGACAUAAAAAAUGGAUCAAGCAAAGGAAUAUUUGAAGCAAUCUAAUGGAGUUCAGACUGUAGUAAUAACAUCACUAUUAGAUGAAUUCGAAGAUGAAAUUAAGAAAAUGAAAGGAAAAAUUAUGGAUAUUGGUUGUGGACCUGGGAAUCAUACUAGAAAUUUACUUUUACCAAAAUUCCCCAAAGAUACAAUUGUUGUUGGAAUGGAUGUGUCAAAAAAUAUGAUUGACUGUGCACGAACAAUAAAUACUGGUGAAAAGCGAUUAACUUUUGAGCUAAUGAAUAUUGAGACAAAUGAUUUGCCUCAAGAAAAUAUUGAAAGAUUUGAUAAUGGAUUUUCAUUUUUUUGCCUUCAAUGGGUUCAGGAUAUGAAACGUGGUUUUGGAAAUAUUUACAAAAUGUUACGUCCUGGUGGAACCUUCAUAAGUUCGCAAAUUUUAUCAUUUGGCGUUUAUCCAGCUUACUUGAGACUUUAUCAAGAUCCUCGAUAUAAAGAAUAUAUGAAGGAUGUUUUUAAAGUUAUUAAUCCACUCUAUUUUGAUAAAACUCCAAGAGCAACUUUUAAAAAAAUACUACAAGAAAUUGGAUUUGAAGUGAUUCAUUGCAGUUUGAGGGAAAAUGUAUCGGGAUAUGAUGUCCCCGAAGAUAGGAGAGAACUUUUCCAAAGUAUAAACCAAUUUGUAAUACGGAUGCCAAAAAGUAUGCAAGAGGAAUACAUUGAUAAUAUUUUAAAAGAGAGUUUAAAGGAAAAAUCAGUUUUAUUUAGACCCAGUGAAAACCCUAAAGAAAAAGAUGAGGUGUUUGAUGUUUAUAAUUUACUAAUGCUUCACUUAAGAAAACCCUUAAGAUAGUUUGUACAUUCAAAAACAAAAAAAAAAAAAAUACUAGCAAAUUUGGCUACUUUUUAACUACCCUAAUUCAGUAGGUCCUCAAUUUAAGUAUUGAUUAUCAGAAAGUAGUUAAAAAAAAUUAAGAAUGUAGUUGGUAGAAUGAUUUUUGUUAAAUAAAUGUUUUAAAUCUA